GUCACGUAGACUGAAGGUUACACUGCCACGGUGGGAUAGAAGAGGAGCCAGCUCACAGCUAUUGCAUUGAGACAAAGCAGACACAGCUCAACGGAUAGAGAUUGGACAUAGCUCAGGAGGGUGUACAAUACGUAUACACCAGGAUGCCUGAAGAAGUCAAGGCCAUGGAGGAGGAGGUGGAGACUUUUGCUUUCCAGGCUGAGAUCGCUCAGCUGAUGUCCCUGAUCAUCAACACCUUCUAUUCCAACAAGGAGAUCUUCUUACGAGAAAUCAUCUCCAACUCAUCCGAUGCCCUGGAUAAAAUCCGCUAUGAGAGUCUCACUGACCCCAGCAAACUGGAUUCAUGUAAAGAGCUGAAGAUUGACCUGAUCCCCAACCAGCAUGAUCGCACCCUGACCAUUAUCGACACUGGCAUUGGUAUGACCAAAGCCGACCUCAUCAACAACCUGGGCACCAUCGCCAAGUCUGGAACCAAGGCUUUUAUGGAGGCUCUGCAGGCUGGGGCAGACAUUUCUAUGAUCGGUCAGUUUGGUGUUGGUUUCUACUCUGCCUACCUGGUGGCCGAGAAAGUGACGGUGAUCACCAAGCACAACGAUGACGAGCAGUAUCUCUGGGAGUCUUCAGCCGGAGGAUCCUUCACUGUUAGGCUAGACAACGGUGAGCCCAUGGGUCGUGGGACAAAGGUUAUUCUACACAUGAAGGAAGAUCAGACUGAGUACUUGGAGGAAAAGAGGAUCAAGGAGGUUGUGAAGAAGCAUUCCCAGUUUAUUGGAUACCCCAUCACUCUGUAUGUUGAGAAGCAGCGCGAGAAAGAAAUCAGCGAUGAUGAAGGUGAGGAGCAAAUCACAGAAAUGAAGGAUGUAGAGAACAAAGAUGAAAAGCCUAAGAUUGAAGAUGUGGGAUCUGAUGAAGAAGAAGAUGAGAAGACAGGUGGAAAGAAAAAGAAAACUAAAAAGAUCAAAGAAAAGUACAUUGACCAAGAGGAACUGAAUAAAACCAAACCCAUUUGGACCCGCAACCCUGAUGAUAUUAGUAAUGAUGAAUAUGGAGAGUUCUACAAGAGUCUCAGCAAUGACUGGGAGGACCAUCUGGCUGUAAAGCAUUUCUCUGUGGAAGGUCAGCUUGAGUUUAGGGCCCUUCUUUUCGUUCCCCGUCGGACGGCUUUUGAUUUGUUUGAGAACAAAAAGAAGAAGAACAACAUCAAGCUGUAUGUGCGCAGAGUCUUCAUCAUGGACAACUGUGACGAGCUGAUCCCAGAUUUCCUGAAUUUCAUGAAGGGAGUAGUGGACUCUGAGGACUUGCCCCUCAAUAUUUCCCGUGAGAUGCUACAACAGAGCAAAAUCCUCAAAGUCAUCCGCAAGAACCUUGUGAAGAAGUGCCUGGAACUAUUUACCGAGCUGGCCGAGGACAAAGAAAACUACAAGAAGUUCUAUGAACAGUUCUCUAAGAAUAUCAAGCUUGGAAUUCAUGAAGAUACUCAGAAUCGUAAGAAGCUUUCCGAGCUGUUACGUUAUCACUCCUCCGCUUCUGGGGAUGAGAUGAUAUCUCUGGCUGAAUAUGUAUCUCGCAUGAAGGAAAAUCAGAAACACAUCUAUUACAUCACAGGGGAAACCAAGGAGCAAGUGACUCAUUCAGCCUUUGUGGAGAGACUUCGCAAACAUGGCCUAGAAGUGAUCUACAUGACUGAGCCCAUAGAUGAGUACUGCGUCCAGCAGCUCAAGGAGUUUGAUGGAAAGACUUUGGUCUCGGUGACUAAGGAAGGGUUGGAGCUUCCUGAGGAUGAAGAAGAGAAGAAGAAGCAGGAGGAGAUUAAAACUAAAUUUGAAAAUCUCUGCAAGAUUAUAAAAGACAUUCUCGACAAGAAGGUGGAAAAAGUGGUCAUCUCAAACCGACUGGUAGAAUCCCCUUGCUGCAUUGUCACCAGCACAUACGGGUGGUCCGCCAACAUGGAGCGUAUCAUGAAGGCCCAGGCUCUCCGGGACAACUCCACAAUGGGCUACAUGGCGGCAAAGAAGCACCUAGAAAUCAACUGUGAACAUCCGAUCAUAGAAACUUUGAGGCUUAAAGCUGAAACUGACAAGAAUGACAAAUCUGUGAAGGAUCUGGUUAUCCUGCUCUAUGAGACCGCCCUCCUGUCAUCCGGCUUCACCUUGGAAGACCCUCAGACACAUGCCAACCGCAUCUACAGGAUGAUCAAGCUUGGUUUAGGGAUUGACGAAGAUGAUGUCACCCAGGAAGAAGUCUCAAGUCCGGUGGUGGAAGAGAUGCCUCUACUAGAAGGCGAUGAUGACACAUCCAGGAUGGAAGAAGUGGACUGAUAGCAAUGACGGAGCAGAAACUGCCGAGCGCCACAGUCUCCUUAUGUACAGAUGUGAAUAUUUUUCUACGGUAUUGAAAUGGACAGGGAGACAAUCCUGCUCUGAUAAGAACACGUCAUAUGCAGAGCUAUAAUCUUUUUUUAUUAUUGCUCGAGAUAUAUGAGCUUUUGGAACUGUUACUUGCAAUGUGCAGGAGGGUUUAUUGUAUGAGUUACUUUUGAUAAUGUAAAAAAAAAAAAGGGUAAUAAAAAGAUUAAGCUGCA